UCGUAGUGAAAUCGAAACAAUGAUUCGUGAUGCAAUAACAAAAAAUACAAAAGAUCUGAACAAGAAAUGUAACCAACAAAAGGUCACCAAACCACGCGACAAUAAAUCCAAUAAGGGUAUAAUGUUUAAUAACGCUGAUGUACGCCUGGUGGAAUUCAGAGAAAAAGGCAAUAGGAACGAGGAGGAGUACUUAAAGGUGGAAUUGUUAGAUAAAAACGAGUGCGGUGAUAUAAGGGUGUUUAGAAAAAGAAAUAGAAAGGAUGACAUAAAUGAAGUAAUGGAACCGUCGGUAAAAAGAGAAAAAAUUCAAGAAUCAGGACUGUCACCUGAAGCACGUUCAGAGAUAACAAAGGCUCUGACACGACGAAAGAAGAAUAGUAAUGAUGAUCAAAAUGUAAAAAUUAGAAUCAUACGAGGUGUUUUGCAAGAUGAUAAAACAAAGUCAAAUGUUGUACCA